AUGGCUGAGACCGAUUCCUUUCUUCACCUCGCGCGGCCUUUGGGCCCAGUGACAGUGGGGUCUGCACCAACCACUGCCCCUCUGAAUGUGGUGAUUCAACCUCAGGCCAUCUUCUCAAUCCUCGACCACUCGCUCCGCCGAAACGCCGAUCAAGACCGAGUCAUUGGAACACUUUUGGGUACGCGAAGCGAAGAUGGCACCGAAGUCGAAAUCCGCAGCUGUUUCGCCGUCGGACACACAGAGACCACCGACCAGGUCGAGGUUGAUAUGGAAUACCAGAAACAGAUGCUAGCGCUGCACUUGAAGGCGAACCCCAAGGAAGUCCUCGUUGGCUGGUAUGCCACUUCGUCGGAAUUGAACACGUUCUCGGCUUUGAUUCAGAACUUCUACGGCCAAAGCGAUGGAACAUGGCCGCAUCCUGCAGUCCAUCUUACUGUAUCGACGGAGCCUGGGAAGGAUAUCGAGACCCGUGCUUAUAUCUCCGCCCCCGUCGGUGUCACGGUUGAGCGGGCCGCUGACAGCGCUGCUUUCAUCCCUGUGCCCCAUGAGAUUCGCUACGGCGAGGCUGAGAAGAAUGGCUUGGAGGCGAUUGCAAGCGCACGGGAUUCCGAAGACCGAACUGCAAGCAUCUUCACUGAUAUCGAGGCCUUGGAGCGCGCUGUGGAAGAGGUGAUUGGUAUGAUCGACCGAGUCUCGAAAUAUGUCGAGGCUGUCAUUGACGAAGAGGCCCCGGCAUCCACUGCACUUGGCCAGUUUUUGCUGAACGCACUUGCGUUGGCUCCCAAGGUUGAGCCAGCCGAUAUUGAGCGUGACUUCAACAAUCACAUCCAGGACGUCCUGGUUGUUUCUUACCUUGCUAACACUAUUCGCACACAAAUGGAUCUCUCAAACCGACUUGCUACUGCUCAACUUACUCUUGGAGGAGGCGAGGGCGCGGCCGGCGAGUCAGGCAAUCAACGCAACCAGCGAGGCGGCAAAGGUGGCCGAGGAGGCCGCGAGGGUCAACAACAGCGCAACCAAGAGAGGAAUACCGAGGAAGCCCGCGCAUGA